AUGGCUGAAGUUGAUUCCGGCCCGGUCGAGCCCCAGGCCCGACACAUUGUUUACUGUGGAGUGUGUACUCUACCUCCGGAGUAUUGUGAAUUCGGAGGAACGGCAAAGAAAUGUGAGGAGUGGUUGAAAGAGGAAGAACCUGAAUUGUGGAAUCGGUUACAUUCUGAAGACUCCCUUAACGCAAACUUAUCCGCCCUCUCCGUCUCCGCCCAGGAACGCGCUGCCAAGGACGCUGCAAAGAAAGAAGCUAAAGCGGCACAGAACGAGGCCCGUGAUGCGGAACGCAAGGCUGCGUCUAAGGUUAUUGUCAAGCGUGUUGAGCGGAAUAAGCGUAAAUAUGUUACUGUGAUUACCGGACUCGAGAUCUUUGGAUUGGAGAAUAAGAAAUUGGCCAAGGAAUUGGGAAAGAAGUUCGCUACUGGCUCCUCUAUGACUCGCUCUGCGGCUGGUACGGAGGAGAUUACCGUGCAGGGUGAUGUUAGUGAGGAUGUUAAGGAGUGGUUGGGUGAGGUUUACGGAAGUAAGGUUCCUCAGGCGAAUAUUGACUUGGUUGAGGAUAAGAAGAAGAAGGGCAGCACUGCUGCUCCUGCUGUUUGA